AUGAAAAACGAGCCCGGCGAGCACGCCGUCAUUAGAGGCGGCGUUAGCGACCCGCCGCCCGCCGCCAGGCCAGACAUUUUUUAUGCAACCCACAGGCCAGCGUUUUUCUACGCAGGCAUAUUGCGCCCAUUAAACCGGGUCGGUGACAAGGUGACGUGCGCUCGCCGCGGGGGCGCGAUAACGCGGCCCGUAUCCUGUGUCGUGAAUCGUGAUGCUCGCCCGCCUCGCCCGUUCGAUAUUCAACUACGUCCGUACUUUUAUGGGAGCCUGGUGCUUUCGGGCGAUUUCUGUGCGCUUGGCGUAAAUAAAAACGCCUCCGCCGCACGCUCCGCUCGCCAGUGCGCCCGCCGCCUCAGUGCGUGUCGGAGGAGGCCGCAGGCCGCAAGCCCGCUAACGCGCGACCGUCGACCCGCCCGCGCCGGCGACCGGCCGCGCAUAACGAACGCCACGCGCCAU